UAGUGCAGCAGUGCAGCUGAAAAAAACAGACCCAAUAAGUUGUAAAUAGUUGUAACAUUUUUAAACAUAAUAAAUACAGCUUAAUAAGGUUCCUUUUACUUUAAUUACUAUAAUAAAUAACUGUUGUAAAUUUUUUGCGUAUAAUGCUAGAAUUAUUGCCGAAGCGUACAAUAUUGCAACUGACGUCGAGGAUUCGUAGUCGCAUUAGAUGUUACGGAUCAAGUCAGUCUAGCGAUUUCGUAAAAGUUGUUGAAGUUGCACCACGAGAUGGAUUGCAAAACGAAAGGAAGGUGGUGCCUACUCAAAUCAAGGUCGAUUUCAUUGAUAAACUGUCAACGACCGGAUUGAGGAAUAUUGAAGUUACGAGUUUUGUAUCUCCGAAAUGGGUUCCUCAGAUGGCAGACAACGCACAGGUUUUUCGACAGAUUGAGAAAAGACACGGUAUAUCCUAUCCUGUAUUAGUACCAAAUCUGAAAGGCUUGGAGAGUGCUAUCGCGGCAGGUGUAGAAGAAAUUGCAGUGUUUGGCACAGCAUCGGAAGCUUUUUCCAAGGCGAAUACUAAUUGUUCCAUUGAAGAGAGCGUAAAAAAUUUUAAAGUUGUUAUCGAGGAGGCGAAGAAGCAUGAUAUCAGAAUCCGUGGCUAUGUAUCCUGUAUUGUUGAUUGUCCUUAUGAAGGAGAGACCGAACCGGCCAUCACAGCACAUUUGGCUUCAACAAUGUUGGAUUGCGGAUGUUAUGAAGUUUCUUUGGGUGAUACUAUAGGCACAGGAUUACCUAAGAAAAUUGAACGUGUGUUGAAUGAGUUGCGGCAUAUUGCUUGGAAUAACAUGAGUUAUUAUGCACUACACUGUCACGAUACAUAUGGACAGGCUCUGGUAAACAUAUAUGCAGGUCUUGAAAAUGAUGUUAGAGUCUUUGAUUCUUCGGUUGCUGGACUUGGCGGAUGUCCAUAUGCUGCAGGUGCUUCAGGAAAUGUCGCUACAGAGGAUUUAUUAUACUUUUUACACGGACAAGGAUUAGAGACUGGCAUAGACUUGAAUAAAAUAGUAGAAAUUGGUGAUUUCAUUAGCAAACAACUCAACAGAACAAAUCAAUCAAAGACUGGAGUAGCUAUGCUUGCUAAAAUAAAUCGUCAAAAAUGUUAGCCACGCAAUAUUUAAGUCUGACAGAGUGCUAGAAAAAUCAAAGAGAUAAUUUUACAUUCCAAAAAUAUUAAAUUAUUGUAU